GCGACAACCUGCGACAUCCAGCGACAUUACCCCAGUUCGACAGCCGGCCAAUUUCAGUCAAAAUGGUAAGGAGCCCUGUUUUCCUCUUGCUCUCCCUGUCGCUGUGUUCUUUCUCCUCCCCGAAAAAUAAUAUAUGUACGGGAUCUCGAGUGGAGGCAAGGCGGGUUUUGUUGGUCCGAUAUGAAUCAAUUGUGCGAUGACACCGCGUGGAGGGAAAAUACGGCGGAGUUGAUCAAGUCUCACCAUUUGAGCCUUUCGAGCUUUUCGAGCCCUUCGAGCCUUUUAUUCAAUAUGUCCCCCGCAAUACCAUCGUUUUCACUCCGUGGAGCAGAGUCGGCAGGAUCUCGCAAAACGUUUUCCAAAAGAUACCUCGACAAAAUCGUUGACGCGACAAAGUUUUCCGGAAUCCCUCACGACCAAAAAAAGAAAAAAGAAAGAAAGAAAGAAACAGUGUUACCGACAUUACACGAUUUCUCUGCAUUUGUCAACGUUCCCAAAACCCGCCGGACAUACUGCAAGUCCAAGGAAUGCAGGAAGCACACCCAACAUAAGGUCACCCAGUACAAAGCUGGAAAGGCCUCGCUAUUUGCACAGGGAAAGCGUCGCUACGACCGUAAGCAAAGCGGUUACGGUGGUCAAACGAAGCCCGUGUUCAGGAAGAAGGCCAAGACCACAAAGAAGGUUGUUCUGCGGUUGGAGUGCACAGUCUGCAAGACCAAGGCCCAGCUGGCCCUGAAACGAUGCAAGCAUUUCGAGUUGGGUGGUGACAAGAAGACAAAGGGGGCUGCUCUUGUUUUCUAAACUUUUUAAUCUGAAAUCUUAUAUGUUGUUCUGGGUGUUUUCCGCCUUCCA